CGUCACCGUUUAUUUCCCUCAAUCUCAAAACUCUCUCUCUCCCCUUUCCCCUUCUCUCUUCUUUCUCUCUCUAGCCGUCGAUUUUUCGCUGAGCAUUCUUUGUAAAGAUCUUUUUACAGUUAACUCUUAUUGGAUUCUAAGUUAAUCUCCCUAAAGUAGGUGCUGAUGUUACAUAGUGAAAUUGGGUAUUAACAGUGAGGAAUUAGUAGUGCAAAUAAGGGUAAACAGAUGGGGGAAGACUUGAUUACAAGCUUGUCAAUAGAGAAUUAUCACCCAUCUACAUUUUUGUCUAUGGAUUCAAUUGCUACAUCACAUGAGGAAUCAGAUAGAGAUAUGAAUAGGCAAAUUGUGCUAUCGAGGCCACCAGAUAUUAAUCUCCCUUUAUCCGUGGAGCGUAGCCCUCCGCCUCAAUCUUGGAACCACGACAUGUUUGAUAUGCUAGAUGUUGGACUUGGACACCAAAUUAAUGAAUGUGAUAAGCUUCUUGAUUUGCCUAAAGUUGGAAGGAAAUGUGCUAAGAGAUUGGAUAGUGUUUGGGGUGCUUGGUUCUUUUUCAAUUUCUACUUUAAGCCUGUUUUGAAGGAGAAAUCUAAGUGUAACGUUGUUCAAGAUAGUAAUGGGGUGUCGGGAUUUGAUAAGUCCGAUCUCCAACUUGAUGUUUUCUUGGUUCAGCAUGACAUGGAGAAUAUGUACAUGUGGGUUUUUAAGGAGAGGUCUGAAAAUGCGUUGGGUAAGAUGCAGUUGAGGAGUUAUAUGAAUGGCCAUUCUAAGCAGGGUGAGCCUCCGUUUCCUUUUAGCGUUGAUAAGGGGUUCAUGCGCUCUCAUAAAAUGCAGCGUAAACAUUAUAGAGGCCUCUCCAAUCCACAGUGUUUGCAUGGAAUUGAGCUUGUUCCAUCGCCUAAUUUAUCAUGUAUUGACGAGGAAGAGCAGAAGAAGUGGAUAGAACUUACAGGUAGGGAUUUGAAAUUUUCUAUCCCACCCGAAGCCAGAGACUUCAGUUCAUGGCGGAACCUUCCCAACACAGAUUUUGAGCUUCAAAGACCCAUACCAUUACCAAAGAGCAAUUCUCAUCUCCCUACGAAAAAGUUACUAAAUGGGACUAGUCUCAACUUGUCAACUCAACCUUCAAACCAUGUGAACAACAACGGUUUAGAUCUCUCAUCUGAUUGUGGUAAGAAAAGGAAAGACUUCUUUUCUCAUGGAAGUGAUGAAGAUUGUUCCUUGUCAACUAAUCCCGGUUCAAACAGACAUCAAGAUGGAGAACUACACACUAUUGAACCAACUUGGAUGAACGAGUUUUCUGGGGUAAUGAAAAACGUGUGCGGGCCAGUUGCUGCUGCAAGAACUAUAUACGAAGACGAGGGAGGAUACUUGAUUAUGAUCACCCUACCUUUCGUCGAUCGUGAAAAGGUGAAAGUUCAUUGGUGGAACAACAUCGAUCACGGAAUUAUAAAAAUAACAUCUGUCAGCACAGCAUGCCCCCCAUUCAUGCUGAGAAAUGGUAGAACAUUCAAGCUAACCGAUCCAUCUCCAGAGCACUGUCCUCCCGGAGAGUUCACAAGGGAAAUUCCACUUCCAACUCGAAUACCUGAUGACGCCAAACUAGAAGCCUAUUUUGACAACAGCGGGACAGUUCUUGAAUUGAAAGUUCCCAAACAUGGCACAACUCCAGAAGUGCAUGAAGUUCCUGUUUGCCUUCGACCUCCAAAUGAGUUUGUGUUGUCGUGAGCUAGGUAUUGAUUGCAAAAGUGUAAGCUAGACCAGAUAGUUAAUUUCCAUUCUUUUUUAAGUUAAGUUUUUAGGGGGAAGUUCAAUCUUUGUUGAAUAGGUGGGCUUUUUUGAUUUUACUCAACUAAUUAUGUUGGUUUUACUUCUUUCAUUUUGAGAGAGCUCUAGAUUAUAGCUCAUUAGUCUAGAAGGGAUGUACUACAGCCAACAGUUAAUCGUGCAACGUCAGUCUGGUUUUGAUCAGCUAAUCAGCCAAAGGGCCUCAUAAUGAUCAUACCAACUUAUGUGGAUCCUUUUGUUGCUGCUGUUUUAAGACUGCUGUCGCACUGCUGCGUCGUCUAUAAUGUGAUGCAGAGCGAAAUCUGAAUGUAAGUGGACAUAUAUAUGUAAGCCAUUUUUAAUGAAUGAGAUAUUGAAUAGUCUAUAGAAAAAAGAAAUGCCAAUAGCCAUGGAUUUACAGAGCUUCUUUGUUUUCCCACUGUGUAUUCUGUUAUUUGUUGGCUCUAGGGAUAUAUAGAAUGUCCCAACCUAAUGUUCUUAGA